CACCCGGUGAUAGUGGCGAAUGAAGUGAUUGUUUUUAAGAUUGUUGCUGCGAUUCGGAAUAUUAAGAAAAAAAGAUGGCACGGGUAUGCGUGAUCGGCGCAGGCGCAGCGGGUCUGUGCGCCGCGCGGCACCUGCUGGCCGAGCCCAGUGUGGGGCGCGUGGACAUCCUCGAGCAAACCUCACAGCUGGGUGGCACCUGGGUCUACACCGAGACCACGGGCUAUGACGACUUUGGCCUGCCGAUACAUACCAGCAUGUAUAAAAAUCUGAGGACUAAUCUGCCAAAAGUGAUAAUGGGAUUCCCCGACUUCCCGUUACCUGAGAGUGAGAAGUCCUACCUUCCCGCCAAUGAUAUUUUGACCUUGCUACAGUCUUAUGCCGAGAAAUACGACAUCACUUCCCACAUUAAGUUCAACCACCACGUCCAGUUAGUCAUCCCCAAGGCAGGAGGCCCUAGGGGGGAGCUGUGGGACGUCACGUACAAGAACCUUGUCACCGCGGUGUUAGAGACGAGGGAGUACGACUACGUGUUCGUAUGCAACGGACAUUAUAACAAGCCUACCAUACCUAUCAUAUCAGGCAUUAAAGAUUUUCCAGGUGACGUCAUGCACAGUCACGACUAUCGAGUACCAGAGAUCUUCGCUGGUAAAAGAGUCCUGAUUGUAGGAGCAGGUCCCUCGGGCUUGGAAAUUUCGCUAGACAUCGCACCAAUCUCGCCGAUGGUCAUACUUAGCCACCACAACAAGUAUCCGACGAAGACGGUAUUUCCGGACAACUUAGAGCAGAAACCAGAUGUGACAAAGAUAGCAGGAAAGACUGCGUAUUUCCAAGACGGAAGCGAGGAAGAAGUGGAUCUCAUCCUCUUAUGUACUGGUUACGAUUACAACUUCCCGUUCCUGCACCAGUCGUGUGGCAUUGUGGUGGAGAGCAUGUGCGUGCAGCCACUAUACAAGCAUCUAGUGAACAUAAACCAUCCUACCAUGUGCUUCAUCGGGAUUCCUAAUUAUGUCUGCGCCUUCUCAAUGUUCGACUUCCAGGUGCGGUACUUCGUGCGGUUUAUUAGGGGUAAGUUCAGUCUGCCGACGCGCGAACAGAUGCAGGCGCACACGCAGCAGGAGAAAGAGGAGAGAGCCGCGCGCGGGUACACGCGCCGGCAGGCACACUUCAUGGGGCGCGAACAGGAACAAUAUUUUACAUCGUUGGCGGCUGAAUCCGGCGCCAAACCUUUGCCAUCCGUCCUAACCAAGAUCUUGAUGGAAAGCGCCGACAGAUUCUUCAGCGACCUGACCAGCUUCCGCCAAGAUAACUACGAUAUCAUAGACGAUGACACAUUUGAAAUAAUAAGUAAUGAGAAACGAGAAGUUCAUUGUUGACUUUAAAAGUGGUACUCAUUUAAGAUUUAACAUUUUAUCUAAGAAUAGUUUGGCAGAGAUAUUUGAAUUAGUCAAAAAAAAACUAUCGUAAUGCUUGAUUAAUGAUGCGGCAAUCUAUUCAUUAAUUAUGUACAUGUUUGUUUAAUUCUAGUUAUAUAA